ACGCGUGCCCCUCCCCCAGCCUAAGGAAUGGUCGCCCCGUUCCAGUGCUGCACCCCCUGACCCCAAAGCGCAAGGGGCUGGCUCGCUGCAUAUCCUCGGAGCAGAAGGCAAAUCCAGUCAGCCCCUGUGCUCCGAAUCCAUGCGCUGCAAGUCCCACGCCCUGCAGUGGCCCCCCAGGCCUCCUUGCAACACCCGGUAAUGCAAUCAACGGGGGCGGGGGAGGCGACGGCGGCGACAGCAACGACGGCGGCGGCAGCAGCAGCAGCAGCACUGCCUUGAUCUAGAGAUCACCCGAAAGAGGAGGAAAAUGGCUCCGAGCAGGGACCGCCUGCUGCACUUUGGGUUCAAGGCGACAAUGUUCUCAAAUAGUGAUGAAGCUGUAAUCAAUAAAAAACUUCCCAAAGAACUUCUCUUACGGAUAUUCUCUUUUCUGGACGUUGUUACCUUGUGUCGCUGUGCUCAGGUGUCCAGGGCAUGGAAUGUUCUGGCUCUAGAUGGCAGUAACUGGCAGAGAAUUGACCUGUUUGAUUUCCAGAGGGAUAUUGAGGGCCGGGUGGUGGAGAAUAUUUCAAAGAGAUGCGGGGGCUUUUUACGAAAGUUAAGUCUUCGCGGGUGUCUUGGAGUAGGAGACAAUGCAUUAAGGACUUUUGCACAAAAUUGUAGGAACAUUGAAGUACUGAAUUUGAAUGGGUGUACAAAGACUACAGAUGCUACAUGUACUAGCCUUAGCAAGUUCUGUUCCAAACUCAGGCACCUUGACUUGGCUUCCUGUACAUCUAUAACAAACAUGUCUCUAAAAGCUCUGAGUGAGGGAUGUCCACUGUUGGAGCAACUGAACAUUUCCUGGUGUGACCAAGUAACCAAGGAUGGUAUCCAAGCACUAGUGAGAGGCUGUGGGGGUCUCAAGGCCUUAUUCUUAAAAGGCUGUACACAGCUAGAAGAUGAAGCUCUCAAGUACAUAGGUGCUCACUGUCCUGAACUGGUGACUUUGAACUUACAGACUUGCUUACAAAUCACAGAUGACGGUCUUAUUACUAUAUGCAGAGGGUGCCAUAAGUUACAGUCCCUCUGUGCCUCCGGCUGCUCCAACAUCACAGAUGCUAUCCUGAAUGCUCUAGGUCAGAACUGCCCACGGCUUAGAAUAUUAGAAGUGGCAAGGUGUUCACAGUUAACAGAUGUAGGCUUUACAACUCUGGCCAGGAAUUGCCAUGAACUUGAAAAGAUGGACCUGGAAGAGUGUGUUCAGAUAACAGAUAGCACAUUAAUCCAACUUUCUAUACACUGUCCUCGACUUCAAGUAUUGAGUCUGUCUCACUGUGAGCUGAUCACAGAUGAUGGAAUCCGCCAUCUCGGGAAUGGAGCCUGUGCCCAUGACCAGCUGGAGGUGAUUGAACUGGACAACUGCCCACUCAUCACAGAUGCAUCCCUGGAGCACUUGAAGAGCUGUCACAGCCUCGAGCGGAUAGAACUCUAUGACUGCCAGCAAAUCACGCGGGCGGGGAUCAAGAGACUCAGGACCCAUUUACCCAAUAUUAAAGUCCACGCCUACUUCGCACCUGUCACUCCACCCCCAUCAGUAGGGGGCAGCAGACAGCGCUUCUGCAGAUGCUGCAUCAUCCUAUGACAAUGGAGGUGGUCAGCCUUGGUGAACUGAGUAUUUAAUGACACUUCAGAGUUACUGCGGAGUCUCCAGUGGAAGCGACCCCAGAGUUCUGGGCAAGGGUUACAAAGUGAGGGCAGCGUCCAGAUCCCCAGAGCGACUCAUACAUACGCAUACCGACCCUCACCCCCACCUGCUCUAGCUCUGUGAUCUGGGGACUGAAGUCUGCACUGGCUUUUAUCAAGUAGAUUGGUAAAGUUAGCCAUUCCUGUCAGACAUGCCCAGAAAAAGAUCAUAGGCAAGGUAGAGGGGAUGGGGCAUUCCGGCAAACCCGGUGUUACUGCUACUGCGGUUUCUGUAUUUUGUUUAAGGGGGUCUUUGGUGAGUUUGGAACAGCAUUUGCAGUCUUCGGGGGCAAGGAAAGCAUUAAAAAAACAAUAUAUUGUAUCCAGGGACCAGAGAAAAAUUUUCUUUGCACCCUAUAAAUUGUGGCCAUCCAUUGUGAGAUGACUACAGAGCUUCUGUGCUUCCUAGUUCCCAUGCCAACAUGCUGAGCAUGCUCACAAGAAGGCUCGUCCAUUCCUCUUCUGUGUUUUAGUAUUUGGCCCAGAGGUUUCCUAAAUGGUUGCAUUGAAAUCGCUGUGGUCCAAAUGUGAUUACUUAAUUCACGCAAAUUGUCACUCUCUGUAGCACACGUGUGCACCUGUCUUUUGUUCUCUGUUGCUCCCUCUUGCACUUUUGCUCAGUCUGUCACCUGUUCAUAGUCUGCUUACUUACACUCAAUUGUUACUCUUUUGCUGCUGUUGUGUUUACAGUUUGCAUUUUGGAUGAUUAGUUGGGGUUACCAAACAUUUUUAAAAGAGACAUUAUCAAUAAAUAUUUUUUUAAUUCUAAAUUUUACCAUCAGGGGACCCUGCCUGAAUCUUUGCCACUCUGAAGGGAAAUUAUAACAAAAGCAAGAAAAGUUAUGAGAAGAUACUGAGCUAAAACUAUUUUGAUGAAAACAAACUUUGCCUUUCAGUUUCUUUCAUGUCUUGUGAAAUAUAGUAAUACGCAUGAUAUGCCCAGUAUUCCCCUGGCAGAUUUUUGAAACUCUUACCAACUUAACAAGAGAGAAAUAUGUACCAGUAAAGAGUGGAAUAGCAAAUCCCGAAACCAAGCUGAAAAUGAUCCCCUUCACCCAAGCACAGACGUGUUGUCUGUUCACUGAAAUCUAGGUGUGAGCAGCGAUUUGUGUCUGUGAGGUGGUUUUGCUUCGCUAGGAAUAAUGCUAGACAAGCUGUGCUGUCUAGCUGUUCAGCUUCUCGUUUUAAUCUCAUUUCAGCCUAUCAGGGAUUCAAGAAUGACCCUGGGACAGCUCAUCACCAGUAUGUCCUAUUGAUAGUAUCAUGCCUCAUAUUGGAGCCUCAAAGGACCAGAAUCUUCGCCAUGUCUCUCUUUUGCUCCAGGUUUUCUAUCAAUGAAACAUGAGGGUAGCCAGAUGAAGGCAUUAGAGCAGCAGAAGAAACAUUAGGAAGAAGUGGGAGUUCAGUGUCCCUGCCUAGCCAGGCCACUAGAGCUCAAGGCAGGGUAUUCAGUGUUCAUGCCUCAGGCUGAACAAGCAGCUUCCCCACACCAAAAUCAUGGAGGCUGAGGAAGAUAGCAUGAGUUUCUAAAGCACAAGAAGUAGAUUUCUAAACCCCAUGGCUAAAAACUUCAUGCGAGUAAUAGGAAGUCCCAUAUUGGCCUUUCAGGGUAAUAAUGUGUAGUCCAGUUCAUCAUGAUCUUUCAAAGCUAAGAUUACGUGUAUUUUUAUUAAGCCCUUUCCCUGAUCCUCAUUUCAAAAUUCCCAUAUAAGGAAUAUACUUGUAAAACUGAGACUCACUUUCCUGGCCAUCUCCCCACACAGACACACACACACACGCACACCCAUUUCCAGGCGUGGGUGAUUGUGUUCAGGUCCUCAGGCCACCCAUUCAAACAAAACUUUAAAAAAUAUAUAUAUAUAUUAGGAGCUAGCUGUUCGAAUAUAUAAGUAUUUUUUAUUAAUGCCUGAACAAAUUCACCAUAAAAUCCUGACUAAUAAUAUUGGGUAUUGAUGAGAAUUACUCUGCAAUCGAAGCUAUUAAGAUACUUCUUUACAUACAUACACAUGACAAAAUGUAAAAAGCCCUAUUCGCCAGUACACGGAUGUUUUGGAAAUGCUGCUUCUCUGCUCAGACAGUGAACCCGCACACAGGUCCUGUGGACUUGGAGUCAAGAGAAUAAAGGAUAAAGGUCUGGGAGU